AUGUCGAGCGGGGACUUUGCAUCGGGCGCUUAUCAGCGCCUGCAGGAUGUAGACGAUCUAGAAUAUGGUCCAGGCGCCACAGCCAGCGAGCGGCAGGCGGGCGUUGCGUCGACGAGCGCUCCAGCACCGCCCGGCAGCGACGGGAGCGGGCCAGCCGGCGGGUUCCACCUCCACGCGAGCUCCAGGGCCGGUACCUCUGCAGCGGGAAAGGGCAAGGACCGCAAGAAAAAGAUCAGCAG